AUGACAAGGCAGCAGGCUAUUGACUAUGCGACCAAAAAAGUUCCGCAAAUAUUGCCUUUAGAAGAGUCUGAUGUAAAAGCCUUGUGCGAGCAGGUGCUGAGCACAACAUCUAAUAAUCCAGAACAAAUUGCCUCAAAAUUUUUGGAGUUCCUAGGCCAUGAAGAUCUAUCUUUUGAGUUUGUAAUGAGGUUCAAUGAACUUUUGAAUCAAACUGAUAAAAGAGAGGAAAAGAAAACGAAAAAUGCACACCUUGAUCAGAUUGCCCCCAUUGCAUCGAAAAAAGAAUCAAAGCUGCUCACUAAUAACAAUGUUACCAGGGUUGAGAAUGAACAACCGAAAAAAAUAAAGGAGGGGAGGAAAAGCUUAACAACGAAGCCUACCAUUCAGCCAUCAAAUCAACCCACACAAUCAAAAUCUACGAAGGGGAAAAAAGAGCACAAAUCUAAAGAGAAAUUACAGUCGUUGCAAGAAAUUGACGAUGCAAUCAAGAUACUAGAGCUUCGAGAUAGCGGUUCUUCUAAAAAUUGUAACUGUCAAGGCACAAGGCAUCCGGUUUUCGACAUAGCACCAAACUGCCUUCACUGUGGUAAAGUUGUCUGUGUUAUAGAGGGACUGAAUAAAGGUAAAUGCGGCCACUGCCAUGAGCUAUUGAUUUCUGAUGACGAGAGGACACAGAUGAUGAAAAUUUUAGACCAGGAGAAAAACGAAUUGAGCAGUUCACCAUCGUCCUUAUCUAAUGCGUCGAAUGAUGCUAAUAUCCCAAAGAAGAAGACAAAAACCUAUAAGAUAACUUCCGGCAUGGGUAAAAAUUUAUUUGCUGAACAGGACAAAUUAUUUGAUUUCAUCGAAAGGAAAAGAGAAAGAGAAAGAAAACGUAAUGAAGUGUUGAAAUUACAAGAGAAACAAGAAGAGAGUGGAACAAAUGAGAGGCAAGUUGGAGAGCAAGACCAUACAGUGGAGGAAAACCCAGAGUUGUUAGCAGCACAAGAACGGCUAGAUAGAUUAUUACAUUUCCAAGAUACUUCAGCAGAAAGAACUAAAAUUAUUGAUAAUGCUAGUGACUUUGACAUGAAUCAGGAGAUUGGGUUAUGGGGUAGCGCAAGAGAAAGGGCUCUCGCAUUAAAGAAGCAACAACGUAAUCUAAGAAAGUGGGAAAAAGUAGAAAAGGAACGUAAUGGCAGGCGCGAAAAAUAUGUUGUUAGCAUGAAUAUAGGUUCCAACGGUAAAGUAACUAUGACAGAAGUCCCGAAGGAUACAAACAACGUAGUUGCAGGUUCAGAUGAUGACGAAAGCGAUAUAAGUGACGGAGAAGAUAUCAGUGACCUUAAACACAUAAAUGCUCUAAAAGGUGAAAUAAAUAGAACGAAAGCCAUGGAAAAUCUACAUUUGCAGUCCAAAGCAUGGGAUUUCGAACGUGACAAGAAACAGUUCGAUAGGCCCACGUAUGUGAAAAAGAAUGCAGGAACUGUACAACAGAAUGGUAGAAGAGAAGAAAAGAUCGACGACAUGCAAGGUUAUGACUUAAGGUCGAAAGUGCAGGUCGAUCAAAACGCAGACGCAUCGGUGGAACAGAAUAUUCUUGCUGUACUUUAA